AUGCCGGUGACCUUCGAGGAGGUGGCUGUGUAUUUCACUGAGGGGCAGGGGGCUCUGCUGGAUCCCGCUCAGAGAGCCCUCUACAGGGACGUCAUGCAGGAGAACUAUGAGACGGUGACCUCAUUGGCAGGAUUUCCCAUUCCCAAACCUGAGCUGAUCGCCCGGCUGGAACGAGGGGAAGAGCCGUGGGUCCUGGAUCUCCAGGCCUCUGAGAAAAAGGAGGUCAUGCGAGUCACCCACACAGGUGAUGAGACCCUGAGUGAGAACAAGGAGGUAAAUUGGCAGGUGGAACCAGAGAGGGCCUUUCUGAGAGGAGCUGAAGGGAAUUUUUCCCAAUGCUUGGAACAGGGAGAAGCCUGGGGAAAUCGGGAUGGGUCAGAGAGGCAGCUGGGAAACCAGCCAAGGAAGAAAGUGGAUGAAUCAAUUCAAGGUGGGGGAGGAUGCACAGAUCCCAAGGAAACCACCGCCCAGCAGACAAAUCCCAAGGACGAGAAACCCUACAAAUGCCUCGACUGUGGGAAAAGCUUCAGUGUAAGAACGAACCUUAUUACGCAUUGGAAAAACCACACUGGAGAGAAGCCCUAUAAAUGCUUGGACUGCGGGAAAAGUUUCCGUCAGAGCUCACACCUUAUUACCCAUCAGAGACUGCACACCGGAGAAAGACCCUAUAAAUGCCUAGAGUGCGGGAAAAGUUUCAAUGUGAGAUCGGCCCUUAUUGCACAUCAGAGAACGCACACGGGAGAGAAACCCUAUAAGUGCCUGGACUGUGGGAAAAGCUUCAAUGUGAGAUCAGCCGUUAUUAGACAUCAGAGAAUCCACACGGGAGAGAAACCUUAUAAAUGCUUGGACUGUGGGAAAAGUUUCAGUCAGAGCUCCAGCCUCACUAAACAUCGGAGAACCCACACGGGUGAGCGACCCUAUAACUGCCUUGUGUGUGGGAAAAGUUUUAGCGACAGCUCGUCCCUUAUUAAACAUGGGAGAACCCACACGGGAGAGAGACCCUAUAAAUGCCUGGACUGUGAGAAAUGUUUCAAUCUGCGAUCAGCUCUUCUUGCACAUCAAAGAACCCACACAGGAGAGAAACCCCAUAAAUGCCUGGACUGUGGGAAAAGCUUCAGUCAGAGCUCAAACCUUGUUACGCAUCAGAGAACCCACACGGGGGAUAAACCCUAUAAAUGCUUCCACUGUGGGAAACGGUUUAACGUCAGUUCAGCCGUUAUUACACAUCAGAGAAUCCACACAGGAGAGAAACCCUAUAAAUGCCUGGACUGUGGGAAAAGCUUCAGUCACAGUUCAAACCUCACUAAACAUCAGGGAAUUCAUGAGGGAGAGAGAACCUGUAAGUGGGACAUGUUUCAAUAGGAAGUCAACCCUUAAUACUCAUCAGGAGACCCCAGCAUGGAAGAGAGACCCCAGAAGUGUCUCUGUUGAGGGAAAAGUUCCAUUCAGAGAUCAGCCCUU